AAUGCCUAAUCAUAACAGCCUCUUCAUCUCCAUCGACAUUCUGCGCCGUCCACCAACGGACUUGUCUCUGUCUCUCUCUCACUCAAUCGCGCGCGAGAGAGCGCAUUGCGUCACCCAUCGAAAAGACAGAUCCUGAUCGUAAUCUGCGACCUGUUGCACGCGCUCUAUCUGUCUCGCUAUGGUUCUUUGAUAUCGCGAUUGGCUGAAGAUUUCUUGGCGUGAUUAUACGGAUCUCCCGGGAAGAUGUCGUCCAAAUACGGUGACCUUUACAGUGAGACCAGUUACCAGGUGUACCAUGCCAAUUACGCCCGCAAUGCCAAGGCCAUCGGGGUGCUGUGGGCCAUCUUCACCGUCUGCUUCGCCAUUAUCAAUAUUGUCGCCUUCGUGCAGCCGCAGUGGCUGGGAGAUACCCUGCUCAGUCCAGGCACCGGACAUUUCGGCUUGUACAAAUAUUGUCGAUGGACCGGGAUGGGCACCGAGUUGAGCUGCGAUGGAACGCUGUCGGAUUUCUCCACGAUCCCCAGUCAUGCGUUUCGCGCCAGCACGGUGUUUAUCGGGAUUUCCGCGCUGAUCAUCCUGGUGUGUAUUGUGUGUAUGAUCCUGUUCUUCUUCCUUCAUCCGGCCACGGUCUACCAGAUCUGCGGAUGGCUGCAAGCAUUUUCCGCGCUGCUGAUGUUCCUGGGUGUGGUGAUUUAUCCGUCGGGAUGGGAUCAUCCGGUGGUGCGGUCGGUGUGCGGCAACGACGCGGUCAAAUACUACCCGGGCGGUUGCAGUGUGCGCUGGGCAUAUAUUCUGGCCAUUCUCGGCAUGUUCGACGCCAUCGUUUUAGCCGCGCUGGCCUUUGUCCUGGGGACUCGCUACAUCCGCCUCUCGGAGACCAUGGUCACGACGUCGCGAGCGCCCUCUGUCUAUAAAGGUGACAUUAAUUCGGCCUACACCGGCACCGGGAUCCCGGCCGACGCCCAGUCCGUUGUGUCCAAGCGCUCGAUGAACCUGCAACCGGUGCUGUACCCGCCCGGCCACGAUCACGCCGAUCAUCCCGGCAAGAUGAGCGAAUUCACGGCGCGCCGCGACCGCUCCAUCGGCAAACCGCAGACACCGCGGCUGCACGACCGCAACGACCAUUUUCACCUGUAGAUGUUCUCUAUCUUGCAAGUGGCCAAUAUGUGUUCCUGUUUUAUGUAGAUACCGACAACUGUCUUUUGGCUUUGUUCAGCUUUAUACAGCAUUGAAAUUGGAUUUAAAAUUAGUCGUUUUAUAGUGGAAAUGCAGUAAAUCUACUGCAGUAUAUUACGCUGGGGACGUGCGUGAUUGAAAAGGUCAGUCUUUGGCGUUCGCAUGAUUUUCAUACCAGAAAAGAAUGGAAAAAGUAAAAA